UGUCUUUGUCUUAUGGCUCUUUUCCGUCUGCGCGGCCGGGCGUUGGGGUCUGGGUCGCGCCUGUCGUGAGGUGCCCGGGGCUGCGGCGGGGCGGCCACGUCGUCGCGUGGAAGGGGUCAGGCCCUUGUGAGACCCCAGCGCGCGCUCCGAGGCGAGCCUGGGGAUCUUGGCGGGGUGGGCAGUGGCGUCCGAAGAGGCUGGCGGCCCUUUAGGGGCCCUCAGGGUGGGGAGGACUCCUGCCCCCGGAGCGAAUGAGGGUUUUCAAGGCCAGCGCUCCUUGGCCCCGCAGCCGGGCUGCGCCAUUUCUGUUUCCCACGUCGCAGAAUUCCGCCAUUUUGUCCGUUUUUCGUGGGGGUGGGGGUGGGGGGGAGCGCGUGUGACCCUGAGUUUUUCUUGCUGAGGUUUUCCACUUCUGUGCUGGCUACAUGAGCUUCCCUUAGGAAGUCGCUGUUUUUUUCCAUUCCACGUGGCUGGCAUUUUAUGCAACGUGGAAUAAAGAUAUGGGGGAGGUAGAGGCAGGAUCUCAGGGUUUACCAAGAGCUAAGUGGGAGUGUGGAGUCUCUAGAUGAAUUACGGGGUUUCUGAGAACCACAUGGGUGCGGUCUUAGGAGACAGCAAGUGGGGCCUUUAUCCUCAGGAAUCAUUCGGACACGGUCCCUCCAAAUACCAGAGUUUUGUAUUCACCCAUGCACGAGUUGCGGGAAACGUUACUUCUGAGCUAAUUGGUCCUUAAUUCAGGUCUUGGACAUCCGUUUCCCCAUCGCCGAGGAAGCCCGGCCCCGGGGCAGCUCGCUGAUUUUCUAUGUCCCCACCAAGACCCAGCAAAAAUCCUCCCUGAGUUUCUCACUUCAGGCAGCCACCUGAAAAUCUGUCGAACUUCAUCCCAAGUGUUGCCCUGUCACAAGUGGAAGGAUUUUUUUCCUCCAUCACUGGCGCGCCCUCUUUUCGCCAUUUUCCAAUGUAUUCCUUUCUCAUCCCCCCCCUUUUUUUUUUUUUUUUUUUUUUUUUUUUUACUUGUUAAAAUCCUCACACGUGCGGGGAAAUACACAUAAGUUUAACAUUUUGCCACGCAUGCUUUAUUUCUGCCUGGUGUUCUGAAAGCACGUUUUUAAUUUCAUCAGAAAUAAUGGGGUCUCCUGUGUGCUUUGUGUCUGUGGUUCCUGAGCCCUCUCCAAAAUGUCUUCCUCUGGUCUGUUCCAAAAUGGUUGCAGAAAAGGGUCUCUGCUCAUCUCUCUAAGUGCAGUUAGUUGGGCCUCUGUUCCUGAAGGUGAGUGGCCGUGGGGACCUGGGCUCCCGUGAUGUCCAGCACUGGGCUCUGAUCACCCCUGAGGACUCCGUGCGCCACGGGACCUUUGACACCUGGGGAUCUGAGGAGCCCUGGUUUUGAUGUCUCUGGACCCUCCCAGACUGUUCAAGUCCUUCCUGUGUUACAGGUGGUUCCUCCAGAGUCAAACAGCGCCGCUGUCCCUGUCCUUGCUCCUGCCCAGCAGCACCCCUCCUGGCUUCCUGCUGCUCCUUGCAGGGGACAGCCAUCGUCAUGGCCGAGCGAGCACUGGCCCCCACCCAGUUGGGGCGGGGGGACCGUUACUACACGUACACAGAGCUCCUGGCCAUCUCACGGCGCUUCAAGCAGAACCCCAACGAGCUCAUGAUAACCUGGAUCCUGCGAGUGUAUGACCAGGGAGGCCCGGCCCUGUUCCUGAACUCUGGAGAGCUGGCACUCCUGGGUGACCUGACCGGCGAUGCCAUCUUCAACUACCACUGCAAGACGCUGCGGGGUGGCUGCCAGACGCUGCUCACCUGGCUGCUGCUGGCCUGGCGCCAGCGCUGGGAGUCCUUCCUGCACUUUGAGGCCACCGAGCUCCCCUUCCGCCCCUGGACCACCAUGGAGGAGGGCAUCCAGCUGGUGCGCGAGCUGGGCAUGCUCGACUGGAUCUACCGCGAGCCACCCUCACCCCCCGCGCCCGAGCAGGGGCCCUGGCCGGCGCCCGAGGACGUGCCCUUCACGCAGGGCCUCCAGCGGCGCCUGCUGACGGCCGCGCCCUCCGAGCUGCGGCUCUCGCUGGUCAGCCUGCUGGUCAAGGGCAUGACGGUGCUGGAAGCGGUGAUGGAGAUCCAGACCAUCGCCGAUGUGGGCCUGCUGUGGCGCCAGAGCCAGCCGGGCCGCGCCAAGCUCAUGUUGGGGCCCAACCCGACGCGCAAGGACCUCACGGGCUGGCUGCUGAGCCAUGGCGUCCCCAAGGAGAGGGUGGACAAGCAGCCCACCAAGGUCCUCCUGGAGCUCUACAUCAAGGAGGCCAAGCGCAGCCGCGGCCACCCUGCCUACGUGCUGGGGGACGAGCAGCCCCCGCCUCCCCCCUACUCAGACCAGGCCUGUGGGGAGGAGCCGCCCGCACCCGUGCGCCAUGACUAGCCCCUCCCUGGGCACGGUCUCCCCGCUGCUACUCUGCGGGGUGGGUGGUGCUGGGUUCCAGGAGAGACAAGAGUCCAUGCCUCCUGAGCACCCCCAGGGGGGACUGAGGGGUGGUCCGUUUGCCCUUCUCCAGACUCCCAGGCCUCUCUGAGUGCUUGAGGUGCCCUUGCCCCCUGGCACCCUAUCGGUGUCACCAGCCAGAGUGGUGGAGGGAAGCGAGCCGGCCAGUAGCCCUUGGGUGCCUGUGCCCCCAUCCCCAGGGGCAUAUGCCAUUACAUUUCAGUCUGUUACACUUCAGGCCCAUUGGCAUGGUGGGCGGGCACCCCCACCCUGCCCCACCAGCCCCCAAAGCACUACGGGCCAAGUGGGAUCUCCCCACAGCCCACAACUUGAAAGCACCUUGAAGUUUGUACCCUUUUUCUUAAGCUAUUUUUAAAUGCAAUGUUUUUACCUAAUAAUUUAAGCAUGUACAACA